UACUGGAGAUACUGUAUGAGUAUGAUUAGUCUUUCAAUUUACUGUACUUUUUUCUUCCUCGCCAAGUGACGCCCGCCGAUUACCCUUCUGCUGUGUCAGGUUUCGGCGUGGUGACAAUAACGGCCACUGCAAACCCCUGCGCAUUCCUGGCCCACCUCACUCUCCUCUCGCAACAAUGUCCCCUUCGCAAGAACGCACGCACACAAUGACAUGCGCACGCACUACUUACACAGUACAAGCCAAAGUACGGAGUACACGAUCAGAUUUGUACAAAACAUCUGUAGACGAAUUACACACACAGCGCGUUUGGCGCUCCUGUCACCCUUUGAACAGUCCACCCAGCCUUAUGAGACAGACCAUGCCAGUGCCGGACGUCACUUGUACCACUGGCAUUCCUAUGCUGCUGACCGCCGGCUGUUUGCUCCUGCUCAUACCUAGUCACUUGUACAAGUAAUCAUGCUGAGAAAGGAGACAGCCUCU